AUGCUCCAUGACCGCGAUAAGCGGCAGUGGCGUGACAUAGAUGAGCGGCAACCUAAGCCGAGCGACCGCGUACGACAUGCACUCGGACCAAAACUAUUCGAUGGGCACAGCAUCGAAGCCAGCGGCCGACGACUGUGGUCGGUCCUGCAGCAGUUUUCUCAUCUCGUCGCUGCCGUAGAUCACGUCGCACUGCGACCGACCCAUUUCCACGAAAGAGCCGUACGUCCAGAACGGGUUGUUGAAGUGGUCCAAGAGCCCGGCCAGGUCCAGGUUCACGCCAACCGGAAACCCUCUGGAUAUGUCCACUUCCGUGUAAUUGUCCCGGUCACCGUCCAAGAACGGCGUGAACCAGUGCCCUGA